AUGCUGUCCAGAAACACACAAGACAUGGUCUUGUUGACCAUCGCCUACUUCCUCGCAUCCAUCACUUCUGUGUUCGCUGAGUGUACCCGGGAGGGUCUGCUAGCAGCAGCCAACAGCUAUGUAUCCGCCUUCUCCGCCGGCAAACUCGACGGCCUCAAACUUGACUCGAGCAACUUCACCUACCAGGAGAACAACAAGGCAGCCGACAUCAAGCGCGGCGUUCUCAGCCAGUCGCACAACAUCAGCCUCAACCGAUCAACCGCCGACACCGUUGCCUGCGCCAGCUACACCAUGAUCAUCUCACUGGGGAGUGGUUCCAACUCCAAGCCGUACGUCACGGCAACGCAGAUCCGUCAUCCAGCCGACGGCGACACCUCAGUCAUCUCCUCCAUCGACACCAUCGCCGCCACCGCGGGUUCCCUUUUCUUCAACGCCCAAAAGACGCUCGGGUACAUCCAAAAGGAGAAUUGGGGCGUCAUCGAUACGGCGGCGAAUCGGCCAAGUCGAGAGCUGCUGAGAAAGGUGGGCGAUGCUUAUCUCGACAUGUGGACGGAUGCGAAGGCGGCUGAUAGUAUCCCGUGGGGUACCGACUGUGAGCGCGUCGAAGGAUCGCAGUAUACCAGACCGUGUGGUGGUCAGUUACCGAGAGGAGGCAGUUCGAAGCGCAACGGGAAUCGUCGAUAUGUCAUUGAUGAAGUCAUGGGGUCGGUUGAUGUGCUGUGCUCGUUUGAUGCGCUGGGGAAUAUGCCGGAUAGUCAUGAGAUUCGGGUUGAGGGUGGUAAGGUCAAAGGUCGUGGAGGUGGUGGUGACCGCGGUGGUCGUGGCGGCUUCAGAGGCGGCCGUGGUGGUUUCGGUCAGCGCGACGAUGGUCCCCCCGCCCAGGUUCUCGAGCUCGGCACCUUCGAGCACGCCGUCGAGGGCGAGAUGUUCUACAAGUCCACCAACCCCAAGAUCCCCCAUUUCAACGCUCAGGUCUUCCUCGAGAACAAGACUCCCAUCGGAAAGAUCGAUGAGGUCCUCGGUCCUCUCAACCAGGUUUACUUCACUGUUAAGCCCCAAACCGGCAUCGUCGCUACUUCCUUCAAGCCCGGCGAUAAGGUCUUCGUCGGUUCCGAGAAGCUCCUUCCUCUCGAGCGUUUCCUUCCCAAGCCCAAGGUUCUCGGCGCCCCCAAGGUGAAGAAGGCUGGCCGUGGUGGUGCUGGUGGUGGUCGUGGCGGUCCCAGAGGCGGUGCCCGCGGCGGUGGCCGUGGCGGCUUCUCCUCUCGCGGCGGCGGCGGCGGCUUCUCCCGCGGUGGUGGUGGUGGCUUCUCCCGCGGCGGCGGUGGUGGUUUCAGCAGAGGCGGCGGUCGCGGUGGCAGCGGCGGCUUCUCGAGGGGUGGUGGUGGCGGUGGCUUCUCCCGCGGCGGUGGCGGCGGUUUCUCCCGUGGUGGAGGCCGCGGCCGUGGUGGCUACUAA